AUGGUGCCGCUCCACUGCUCAGCUAGCGUCCACCUCCACUGCCUCUCGCCAUCUCGCCGACUCCGCCUUGCUUCAUCCUGCCCUCUCCUCUGCCGUCGCCUCCGCCGCUCCACCGCCAUCCGCGCUGAGGCUCAAGUGCGGCUUCCGCCGCCCGUCUCCGCAGCGGAGCCAGAGCCCCCCGACGCCGGCGCUGUCGAAGCCGAAGCCCAAGGGCAGGGACCCGUGGAGCUCCGCGCUCCGACGCUCUUCUCGACGGAUGACAAUCCCACCCCGCUCCAGACUGCCACCAGUCUCCUCCUCACCGGCGCCGUCUCGGUCUUCCUCUUCCGCUCCCUCCGCCGCCGCGCCCGCCGCGCCAAGGAGCUCAGAGUGCGGUCGAGCGGGGUGAAGAAGAAGCCCAACAAUCUCACCGAGGAGGCCCUGGAGGGGCUGAGGCUGGUGAGCGCCUCACCCAUCGAAACCGAGAAGCCGCCAUCACCAAUCCAGGCUCUGCUCGGCGGGAUUGCGGCGGGGGUCAUCGCACUCAUCCUUUACAAGUUCACCACCACAAUCGAGGCUGCGCUCAACCGUCAGAACAUCCCCGACAGCUUCUCGGCUCGUCAGAUUACAAUCACAAUAAGAACAAUUAUCACUGGGCUGUGCUACCUAGCAACUUCUGUCUUUGGAAUCAAUGCAGUGGGAUUAGUUUUGUAUUCCCUCCAACUCACUUUACAAUCAAUCGUGGACGAUGACUCCAGCUCCUCCACAGGGAAGAUUACUGAACAAGCUAAUACACUGGCAUCAUCUGAUAGCUCCACAAGUAGCAGGGAAUCAGACAGUAGUGAUACGCAUCUCUCUGACAAAAGUAAAAACUCAGCAGAGAAGCAGAGUUAG